UCCGGGUUAUAAGUGCUCGAGUUCCCCGCCUUUUGAGAACGGUACCUUCACAACAACAGUACACUUGAAGUGUCAGUUUGACGUUAUAAAGCGUCUUUUUCAGUGGACAUGUAGCUCAAGUAAAAGUACUGGGGGAUAUUUAUACUUUGAGCCAACCAGCUGGCAGCCAUGUUGCUGCCAUCCGACGUCGCUCGUCUUGUUCUGGGCUAUCUUCAGGAAGAAGGUCUGUCCGCUACAAGCAAAGCAUUCGUUCAGGAGAGCCCAAACCUGAAAGAAUAUGCAGAACACACCAUGGGAGACGGAGCCCUCCCUGCCUGUGUUUUUUCUGUUUUUGGGAAGGGACUAACAACCAUCCUAAAUGAGUAUAUCGCUGCCAAAACAAAAGAGACUUGCCAUGAAGUGCCUGCUGUAAUGACAUCGUUGUGGAAAAAGCUGGAUUUUACACUCAAACAAAUCAAGUCCUUCCAGAGUACUCCAGCCGUUUCAGCAAGUCAGAGAGCACGUUCACGUGUUGGACUGGCAAACGUGGCAGGACAACGGGUUUUGACCGUGACUUCAGCGAGCAGUCUCGUAUGCUCCUCUGAAACAACCCUCAUCGGCAGCCCUGCACUCAGCUCACAGAGUAUGCUCGGUCACUCCACCCCCGUGAGCUACAGUGCCCCACAAAUCAGAGCACCUCCAGGCAAUGCAACACCUCAGCAGUUCCAUGAUGUCAGCCGAUCACUGAAUAUACAGAAUUCCCCUAUACAGAUAAUAGUUUCAGAACAGCGACCAAAUCCGGGGCCAAUGUCACCAGGGCGACGGAAAUGGGACACGCCCAGGAAAAGGAGCGGUGCUGUGGGAGGCUCCAAUGGUCCUGGCAAGUCCAGCACGCCUGCCAAUAAUGUCACUGCUGAAUCACAACCUGUGGAAGAAGUGGAUGAGAAUUUUCCUCAAUUAGUGAUACAAAAUGCUCGUGACAAAAUAUUGGGGGACAGAUCGUUACAGGAAAAGCUUGCUGAAAACAUCAACAAAAUUCUUGCAAAUGAACCAACUCCCCAAACACCAAAGGCCCCAUCAAAUUCAAUAGAAGACGACCAGUCAAUUGAUGAGAUUCUCGGAUUACAGGGAGAAAUACAUAUGAGUGACGAUGCAAUCCAUGACAUUUUGGAGCAAACAGAAUCUGACCCUGCCUUUCAUGCCCUGUUUGACCUCUUUGACUGUAGUUAUUAUUACUUAUAUUAUCUUUAUACCGUCUGUAGUGGAAAUAUGAAUAAAAAUGACACGGUUCUUUUGAUUUAUGAAUGUGAAUUUUCAUUUGCAGAUAAAACACGAAUUGAUGGAGAACCAGGAGAUAUAGAUAUGGACAAUACAACAAGGCAGAGUGAUACUGCCGAACCACCACCAUCUACAGUCGGGCAGCUUCAGAGUAACAAUGAUCCAGGUACCACACUGCAAGACACAUCAGAUUUAACAGCAGUCACAGUGAAGAACAAAGUUGUACAAGAACGCAAGACCAGAAAAUCAAACUCACUGUUGAAGAAGACUGUACUCGGGACAAGUAGCAGGUCAUCCCAGAUGGAAAACAGCUCUGCUAAACUGCUGAUUACAGUUGAGGAGCCUCCUGAUGAAAAUGGAAAGGAAAAAACCUCACUGUUCAAUAAUAGUGUUGAUGGAUCACCAGUGGAUAUUGACAACACAGUGGAUACUAUUUUAGAGAAUACAGUCACUCUCGGGAAUCUGGAGUGUGUCACUAAGGACAACUUACCCACCACAAUGCCCCUCAUUGACUCAGCAGCGGUCCUUUUAUCAAGAGACACUGCUACAGCGGAACCAGUCGUUAAUGUGGACAAUAAAAAGGAAAGUAAACAAGAACAAGGAUCUCCAGCUCAAUCUGCUAUAUCUUUGCUAUCCUCGCAGAGUAAUCAGUCUUUACCUUUGUCUCCUGCACAAGUUCAUUUGAGUGGAAACCCCUCUCUUUCUUCAGUUGCAGCCAGUACGAGAACAACUCAGCCUCAGAUGAAUCUCACCUCAACACCUCAGUCUUUCCCUACCUCAUUUUCUUCUGCUGAUUCCACUGUUGCUAUCACCACUGCAACAAAUGCAGUAACAGCUUGUUCCCGUCUGUCCUCCUCUAACAGAACAUUUCAUAAAGGUUUGCUUGAUUCAUCCACAUUUAGUUCUGCAACAUCCUCCAACUCUGGCAUGAUAGGCGCUGCUGAAUCUUGUUCUUUGACUAGCAAUGAUACCAGCCCAAGUAAAGCUGUGACGGAUUCCAAUAACAUAGUUUCUUUGAAAAUCAUCAUCAGUGAUAACCCAGAUGAGAAUUCCUCAGGUGACAAAGCUUUGAGUCAGGCAAUUUCCAGUAUUUCUACAGAAAAGGUACCCACAAUCUACCUUUCCUCCCCUGCCAAGUCCCCCAGAGGAUCUGGAACACCAAGAGGCACUAACUUGGAUGAAACGGCACUGGCAGUUUGUGGGUUACAAAGCUCAGAUGCACUAGCUAAUUCGCCUAGUAGAACUGGAGCAGUAGUUCCAUCGCAUCCGUUACCAGCAACGGCACAAACACAGCAAAGCUACAUUAUUCAGCUACCCUUGGACACUGCUAACCCUCCGCUCCAAGGAGCAACUACCAGCUAUUUCCUCAUGACAGAACCCCUGACAGCAGAUACUUCAGGAAGACAGGUACAAGUGCCUACUGGUUCCUCAAAAGCACCACUUUUGCCUAAAAACAACCAUUAUAGUGUUACCACAGCAACACCUGUACAAAGCUUUGUCACUGGGUCAACACUCAUCUUACCAUCACCUAUUAAGCCCAUGAUGUUUCCUGUGUCUGUUAUGGGACAGAAUGCAACCGGAAAUGUCCAGAUGGUGGCUAAUCAGUUUGUUGGAAUACCAAACCCGGUGCCAAUGCAGCAGACUUUAACAGUCGAUCCCAAACUUGCCACAGUUGCAGUCAAACAGUCCACAACUGGUGGAAUUAUUCACAAUGAGGCGACAGAGGACAUGCAGAAAGCAAUUCAGCAGCAUGAACCAAAGGAUUCCAGUUCCAACCAUAAGAGAAUGUUACGUUUUGAGUCAUCUACCAAAGUUCAACCAACCUCUAAACCAGCACCAACUGUCACCUCUUCAGCUACGAAUACAUCAACUUCACAAAGUGUCACACAGACUAAGAAAGGUCGUUCACACACGGAUCCCUUUGCGAGGCCUGCUACAAGGCCUGCUAUCCUAAGUGGCAAUAAGCCUAAACGGAAGGUCGAGACUGUGAAGUGCUCAGCAGAUCCCAAAGCUGGUGGGACUUUGGUUAAGUCUGCUUCUCCUCAUCAACAACAAAACCAAGUAAAAAUGAACUCUGGCAAACAAGAUAAUAACAUCUGCAAUCCAAAACUUCAAACUGCAAGUGGGAGCAGGAUCCAUGUGUCUCAGUCUGAGUCUGUAAAAAGCUCAGAACCAGGAACUAAAUUUGAAUCUACAGCAGGGGGAAACAUUCACAAUAAGGAUGUGAUAAGUGAUGGAGCCAAAGCGAAGGAUUGUGGUAGCUCAAAGUCGGUGUCGUCCGACUCUGUGCUAAAAUCGGUUAGCAGUAAGGAUAAAGGUGAGAGCAGUAGGAAAGAGCUGUUUGAAGAAGAGACAGAGAAGAACAUGAAUACUCAGCGCAAACCAAAUGUGGUAGCUGACAAAGAAAACAAAGUGAUGUGUUGCUCACCUGAGCAGCAGCAGUCCUCUCACACACCUUUCUCCUCAGCACCAGCAGACUUAGCCCUUCCAGAUGUCACACACACACCAAGUUCCCAAUCCAAAGCUGCCCAAAUUCCCUCAAAGACCAACUCUUUGGGCAUACAGGCAGCUGAGAUGCUGCAGAACAUUCAGGGGCUCAAGUCUCCUCCCAGACCUGCUAAGAGAUUAGGACUAAACAGCCCAGACCUUACUGGUCCUCGAACCCCAGGGACUGGUGGUAACCAGGAAGACUCUAUGAAUAGUCCAAGGACUCCUCUGAAACAGAAGAGGAGUAAAGAUGCGGAAGGAACACCUAAGAAUCUUCUUCCCCACAACACCCCAGAUGUCCCCACCUGCAGCCCCGUCAGUGAAGCUGGGAGCGAAAACAGCAUCAAUAUGGCCGCUCACACGCUAAUGAUCCUGUCGCGUGCUGCCAUCGCCAGGACCGGCACUCCACUCAAGGACAGUUUGCGUCAGGAAGCGGGCGAAAAGUCUCCUAUAAGCUUGAAGAAUUCAAAGAAGCGCAAGCAGUCCCCAUCCACUGCCAGCCCUCCUCCUAAGAAGUCUUUGAAACAAUCCCCCACUAAAAAGAAAAAACGGGAAAGCAAAACAAUUAUAAAUUGCUUUCCCCAAGACAUGGAUGUGGAUAAGUUCCUUUCUUCACUUCACUACGAUGAAUGAAAGUGGACGAACCAACAGGAAAGGGCUGCUAUAUCAUGAGCUACUUGAAUUAAGUCCAGAAGUAGAACAAGGCAUCUGCUGAACCAGUGCCCAUUGUUCCUUUUCAUAACCAAGCCUUAGACCUUGUAAACUGAAAUAAAUGUUUGGCCUGUUUAGACUUCCUUUCACUAAUGUUUUUGGCUGUUGCAGAAGUUGAGCCAACACGGCACUUUUUUUUUUCCAUCCUCACACUUGUUUCUGGUUAUAAUGCUGUUUCACAGCAAUAGUUGGAUAUGUUUGAAUUUGUACUUAAAAAGUGCAUUUUCUCAAGGGUGGUUCAGCAUUUCUUUGGUCAAUAUUUGACUCUGGUUUGAGUAAACCAACUAACAGUUAAACAUGUUGGCUUGUAAAAAAUACAUUUUGUAACAUGCGUCUUCCAAUAAAUGUGUGAUAUGUUUGAAUAUAACUUUUGAUUUGUUUAUGUUAAGAAAUGUGAUCUAAAUAAGAAAUGUGAAGUGAAAAUAUUUUAAGAAGAAACAUGAAUGUGACAUUUGGGAGCAAAAGUACAGUAUUUCUUAAGCCUGGAACACUAAAUGAUUGUAUUUUUGUUGCGCAAUAAAAUUGCAUUGCUUCCUGAAUAUAUUAUUUCUCAUGUGUAGAAGGAAUGUCAAGUACGGCCUGAAGAAAGAUGAUAGAACUUUCAUCUGUUAUUAAAUAAUAAUAUCUCAA